CGCUGAUUCAUUCUUUCAUUAAGUAAAACUUCGCUUUUCUAUCCUACAUACGUAAAAAAUUACGUUCACAAUUUGCAUGCCACUGUUCUUCGUUUCCAGUGAUAGAAUCGAUGGAAACUCCGACUUGCAAUUAGAACCCGAAACGAAAUUCAUCCCUCAUUGUUCGUCCGUUUUCUUUACAAGUCCCUUGUACAAGCAACUGUUCCGUGACGAAUUCACGGCGAACACAAACAAUCGUCGGCGUUGCAGUGAACCGGCCAGAAUCCGAGCUGACUAUACUCCUUCGUUUAAAGAGUCAAUUCAUCUUUUGAAUAUUCGGCUCACGAUUGAGAGAGAUUUAAUCUGAAGCAGGAAUCGAAUCGAGUCCCGAGAGAAAUUCCGCGAUAUUUACAUCGCGUCCGCGUUUCUCAUUGCCUUUCCUCACCUAUCCCGUCGAAAUCUUUUUCCUCACUCCCGGAAGGACUUGGAUUUGUUCCCAUUGAUCGAUCGGAAAUUUAUUUGUGAACGUCAACCUGUUUAACGGGACGGCUUUAAAUAUUCUAGUUUCGACUCGGCCGGGGUCGAUGAUAAAAGUGACGUUGUACGCAGAGAAAGAGGUGAUAGUCUUUUUAGAUCGAUUACGAGGAUCGUUAUAAUUCGCGUUCCCCUGCGAAGCGGCGAAUCGAAUUACGAAAAUUUUCAUCGCUAGCAUUGCGUUGCGUUCGUUUAACGAUGCCGCAUUAACAAUCUCAUUAAAUGCGCGCCACGAUUUUACAUUGUAUUCGCCGAUAACGAGACACUAACGGAUCCUGAAAAAUAAUAUAACCUCUGGAUGCGUCCUCGUUACGUUGCAACGAAUUUCUAUCCCGAUGAAUGCAAACAGCAUCAGUAAACCGUUCGUAUCAUUCUGGACGAGCAGUCAGCCUGAUAAUCGGCCGAUCGCACACCGGUACGACUUUUCUACCCAUUUUUCGGUCGAGUCACGAUACCACGCUCGGCUUGAUGGUCGCGGUGGGGGCGGUAAACUCGACGGUCGCCGGGGUGGGGUUCGUCCUACGCCGAGGCAGCAGCAGCGGCGUCGCGAUGUCGGCCCGGUAGUCGUUCGAGGUGGUCUCUCGAGGUAGCAGUGUGCCGCGAGCUUUCCACGAGCUUGCACGCGCGUGCUCGUUUCCCCUCUCGGCUCACCGCGUGACACGUGACGAUACUCGUCCCGUUCGCGUCUGCAUCCUUUUAUCUCGUCGCGUUCCCCGUCCUUCGAGUUCCGUUCAGCGGGUGUGCGUGCUCCAACUACCAGAGAACGGCCGGAUCGAGCUGCCGAGGCUGGUUCUCACGAAAUCCCCGACUGGCGACGUUGGACCAGCUCGUUCACUGAAGAGAAAACAAUCGCUGCUAAUAAAGUCGUGGACGAUUGGCGAUCCUUAAGAACCCUCACGGCAAGACGAAGGACGGUGGUACCAGCGUCGUGUGAUCUGCAUUCGCAAGUUUACCAACUUUUGAGAGACGGUACCUCUCUCGUCUGGUCCGAUGACAGAGUACAUCGGUCUGUCCUCCCACGAAAGGAACCAUCAGGAGAUUCCCCGCCACGGACUGUGGAAAGUUUAAUAAAGAUCUGAGCAUCGCAACAAUUUCUCGUUGCGUGUUACAUCUGCGUUGACGAGAUGCAGCUGGAUGUAUCCUGCUUCGGCUGCGGCAGCCAGAAGUCGAGGAUAAAACUUCGGGAGUGGUGAAGUGGCAAAGAAAAUGGGAUGCACUGUUCAGAUUAUUUUCUGAUAAUGGAACGAAGAGUGGAAUGUCGCCAGACGAUGAGGCACGGUGCAGAUUCAUCGUUUGAAACGUUCCAAGUCAAAGCGAGGUCGUGAAAUGUUGAUGGAUUGGAAUUUGGAAUGAUAAUAUCGUGACUCGAGUAGAAGUAGCGUUAAGGAUAAGGCAGUAGCAGUAGUGCAAUCUGGAAUUCUGAGGACCGUCCAACCUACUCAUUAGAAACAGCGCGCUUUCAUCUCUAAUGCAUCGACGUCGAGUCGAUUUGAUUUUUAACCGAAUAUCGAAUCCGCGGAUCACCAUGCCUGAGAGAUCGGUUCGGGGAUCCGUAGCAAGGAUGCGCUACUCCGAAACUGUCUCGUGUACCGUAUUCUAUCCGCUGCAAGCUGCCUCGAAGCGGAAUUUAUUUCCAAUCCGGGAGCAGAUACGCGACCGGGUUACUGCGUAUUCUUUAAAAUGCACGGCUCGGAUUCGAUGAAAUAAAACGCGGCUAGAAGAUAUCGGUCGCUUUCCCUCACGGUAACAUUCGUGCAAGCUGAAGAGUGAUGAAAUUCUGAUCAUCGGAAACACCGACGAAAUUCAGUAAGGAUGUGAUCAACGAUUUAAGGACACUAGUAAGCGAGGCUUGGUUCGACGCUUAAGAAGACUUUAGUGGGAAGGGUAACACAUCGCGCGAGCUCACCCCACGAGAGAGGGGUUCGAAACUAUAGAGACUAUGAUACCAGUUUGAUAACGUGGGUCAGAGACUCGGUGCACGGUCGCGAGCUGCUACGUCCGUGUCUGGCCCGGCCAGCCGUGUUCAUACUCGUAUUCGAAGGGAGUUUGGUCGGACUCGGAGAUCUGAAAGAGGCUGCGGACGAUCGUGAGUGAAAGGGUUGGAAGGAACCCGAAGACGAGCGGGCAAGAGCAACGAGGAGGGAGGGAGUGUGCGAGAAGGAGGAAGCUAGGGUCGGGGACUAGAAGAAGAGAAGAAGAGAACAACGGGCUGCAACGUGAACGUGGAAGUUGAAGAGGAGGAACGACGGGGGAGAGAGGACAAGCAGAGGAGGGAAGUUUCCGUCUGUCCGAGGGUGGAUGGGGGUGAAAAUGUUCGGAGUGUUGCUGGCAUGUGUCUGGCUGGUUGCCGGCUCCCCGUUACAUCCCUGGCCGCUAAUACCGCACAAGGCGAUCACGCAUGGAUCCUAUAUCAGAUACUACAGCGGGGUUUGGUAUGACACCGCGGCUUUGAGGGAACAUCGUAGUAGGAGUCGCCGUGACACCUCAGCUUCCGGGUAUCCUGGGAACGCGUCGCUGAAUCUACGUCUUCACGCUCUCGACAGAGUUUUCAAGAUGAGGCUAACACGGGACACAAGCCUCUUCUACGAGAACGUCGUUUUCGAGGGAUCGAAUGGACGGCAAAUAGCGUUCGAUCCGCUCCACGCCUACACGGGAACGCUCGAAGACGACGAGAAUUCGACGGUGCACGGGAUCGUGACGGAGGAGGGUCUGUUCGACGGGACGAUUUUCACGGCGUCGGACGAGAUUUACAUCGAGCCGGUCAGCAGAUACGCUCCCCUCGUAUGCCAACGACAAGAUGGUGACGAUAGAGACACGACGGACGCGAUGCAUCAUCACACGAUCGCGUAUCGGUCGGCGGACGUGAGCUUUCCACCGCGGGAUAGUCAUCCGUGCGCGAGCGAGCUUUUGCGGGAGAACACGUUAAACGAAUUAAGAACGAAUAGGACGUGGAGUGGAUAUCUCGGAGACACAAUGCGACCGCUUUAUCAACAUCUGGACGAGGGGAAAUCCGACGUUCCCAAGCCGGGAUUCUAUCCGAAGGACGCCAGGAAGAAGGAACCCUUGGCGAGCUCGCACAACUUGGAGUUACUCGACAGAUUGUACAGGGAAAGAUAUUCGAAAGUGCUCCGGAAACGAACGUCGGUGGACCCGAAGAAGACCACUUGUAUGAUGUAUCUGCAAGCGGACCACACGUUCUUCGAUCAUUACAAGUCGGAGGAAGCUUGCAUCGAAGUGAUGACGCGUCACGUGCAACGUGUCAACUCUAUAUACAGGUACACAGAUUUCAAUCAGGACGGGCAGCCGGACAACAUCAGUUUCAUGAUAAAAAGAGUGAAAGUUCACGGUGGAGACGCCUUGAACGAUCCUAGCUACAGGUUCACCGGCACGUACGGCGUUGAAGAAUUUCUCGAAUUAUUCUCUGAGGAAGAUUACGACGCUUUUUGUCUGUCGUACAUGUUCACGUAUCGCGAUUUCGAGAAGGGCACACUGGGAUUAGCGUGGACUGGAGACCUGAAAAAUGCCGGCGGAGUUUGCGAGAAGAACGGGCACUACAGGGGCAGCAUGAAAUCGUUGAACACCGGUAUAAUCACCCUCCUGAACUACGGAAAACACGUACCGCCGACGGUGUCUCACGUCACCCUCGCGCACGAGAUCGGUCACAACUUUGGAUCCCCUCACGACCCGGACGAAUGCUCCCCCGGGGGUGAGGACGGGAAUUUCAUAAUGUUCGCGAGAGCUACCAGCGGGGACAAACGCAACAACAAUCGUUUCAGUCCGUGCAGUCUGGUCUCCAUAAAUCCCGUCCUAAACGCCAAAGCCCGAUCAUCCAAGGGAUGCUUCGCCGAGCCCCAAAACGCGAUCUGUGGCAACGGUGUGGUGGAAGACAGCGAGGAGUGUGAUUGCGGGUGGGAGGAGGACUGCAACGAUCCUUGUUGCCACCCUCAACGGCUCCAUCAUGCCCCUUACGAGGUGCCUUGUCGUCUUACCGUCGGUGCGGUCUGCAGUCCCAGUCAGGGUCCGUGCUGUACAUCCGGCUGCACUUUGCGAAACGGCGACAAGUGCAGGAAUGAUAAUGGCUGCAGGGAUGCGAGCUUCUGCGACGGUCGCGGUCCCCAAUGUCCGCCGUCCAUCAACAAGCCUAACAAGACCAUAUGCAACGAGGAGUUCGUCUGCUACAUGGGGGAAUGCACCGGCAGCAUUUGCCUGGCUUACGGUUUGGAAUCCUGUCAGUGCAUCGCUGGUCCCGACGAUCCACCGACCAAGAGCUGCGAACUCUGCUGUAAACUGCCGGGAGAGGAUCAACCGUGCCUAUCGUCGUUCGUAUGGAAUUCAGCGCCUUACGAUAUCCCCGACAUGCUGUCGAAGCCAGGGACGCCGUGCAACGAUUACAAUGGCUAUUGCGACGUUUUCCAGAGAUGUCGAGAGGUGGAUCCUAGUGGACCAUUGGCGACUCUCAGGAGGCUUCUUCUAUCAGAUGCCAGUCUAGCGACUUUUCAACGAUGGAUGGUUCAUCAUUGGUACAUAAUCGCGAUCCUGACACUCGUUCUACUCACAAUCAUGGCGUUCGUUGUAAGAUUUGUGCAAAAACGACGCAACAGCCGAGUGAAAAUACGCUCCAACGCCGGAGAUCAAACCCGUCCGAAUUCCGAGGCGGACGACCCGUCUGCGCGAAAGAUACGGUCGAUGGAUAUUUCAUGGUUAAAGAAGAGAAUCGUCGAGACGAUGAAGAGGAUCGUAUCACCGGAACGGAAGAAGGAAUCGUCCGGUGAGGGAAAUGCAUUCCUCGCGCGAAUUUCCCGACUUCUAGCCAGAGACACGCACGACUCCAGCUCCGAGGAACGGACGUCGAACGAGGUGGAACAAUUAUGCGGGAACGGCAGCGACGGUUCUAAAGAGUACCCGGCCAGGCAAGAAAAUCGAGAAGAGAAGGAAAAUACUUCGAAGGCAGAGAUGAGUAGUUGGCGGCGUAUUUUCAUGUUCUUCGACAGGGAUCGUUCUGCCAGUUCCUCGUCCGCUCGAAGAAAAUGCAACAACCGUGAAUCUAUGCGUGGGCCGACUUGGAGAAAGACUGUUCAGGCCGAUAAACUGUGCACGGGAUCGAAAGUUAUUGUGAACCCUUGCAGAAGAAUGGAUAGGUACCAAACGGAGCCUUUAGUGGUGCCCGAUACUCCGGACACUCCUUCGGACACCAGGAGUCAAGCGUCCGAUUUGACUGUGCUGCUUUCUGACAGUUAGUUUCAUGUACAAAUGAGCAGAGUUGACAGAAAUAGUGGACCGUGAAUGUAAACCCGCGUGAAUGUAAAUAUUGUACAGAUUCUUAUACCGUUGUCAUUGUAGACUACUUUUUAGAAUAAGAAACGAGAGGAGUCUUGUAAUCGAGUGGAUUUCUGCAAUUUGUUCACUCCUUGUGCAUCCAACCGGAUCUCUAAAAAAAAUCCUACAGUAUUUCUUUCAUGAUUGGCUACUGUUUCUUUUAUAGCAUCCUUCUUCACAAUGCAGCUGAAAUAUUUUACUGAAAUCAGGAUAGUUUAUCUCGUCCACGAUUGUGAGAAGAAUAAGUUAUCCAAGUAUCGUAAAGACGGGUCGUAACACGGGAACGCUGAUUUUAGUCAGACAGCUCUUCACCUAGAAGUGGACCAAACGUAGAUGGGAGAUUGUCCAGCGUUGAACUUCGUAGGAAACGAUUGUACAUGUGAAGUCCGGAUCGAUUGUUGUACGUGCAAUCCCUUCGAUUCUGCAUGUUACUCUUUUGUUCAUGUCGUUGGUGAAUUUAAGGGUGCUAAAUUUAGUGCUUAAUCGUAAUAAUCGAUUCAGAGAAAUGAACAAUUAUUUGUUAUUCUCGAUUUAAUUAUUGUUUGUAAGGAAAUAAAUCAUUUUAGUUAAAAUGAAUACGUUUUUGAAAUUCCGAAUAUAAAUUAACCGCGCAUACGCAGUAAUAGGGUCACGCCUACUUGGAAUAGUCUAAAAUCCUCGAAUCUUUUAGACAAGAAUCUAGAGACGCUACAAUCUUAACAACCACCCGAUGCCGAGUUGCCGGUGAUACUGCUGCCGCCACGCAUUGCUCCUGCUUUUAUACUCGGGAUACACCCCCUACUACCCUCGUGGGAGUAAUAAGAGAAAGAGCAACGUUCGGGGGGCGACAGUGCCACCCGUAAGUCGAUAGGGAGCGGUUGUCGAAGUAUGUUUAAAGAUUUUUAAAUAACAUUCACAUAUUUCACACAUUUUCCGUUACUCUGAGAAGAACAUAACAUAACAGUUGGAUCCACAAUAAAAUAAUCUUUUGCAAUAAACUAUCGUGAGAAGCAUAAUUGAAGCGCAUCCAACUUUACCAGCAAGCUGUAAGCGACGUACGCCUAGCGAAAUGUUAUCAACGUACGGUUCGUGGUACUUUCUCAUCUGCUGGCAAUCUUUCGAUUUCUUUGUUUAACAAUUAAAUGUUCAGACUAAACCGUAAGGAAAUAGAGAUAAGUACAAAGUGGAAUGGAUGAGGUCAAUUUAGAUGAUUAAUGGAUGUUCUAAAUAUGAUUACAUAUGUUCAAACCCAAUGUUUGUGAAGUAAAUGAAUUGCGAUCGAUGUGUGGCUUCGGAGAUUAUUAGCAUGUAUUGUAAAAUUUCAACUGUGGUGAUUUGAUAUUGCGAGAACCAUGUAAAGACAAAAGUAACAUUAAAGUUAUCAAUGGAAACUUA